AAAUGUUCAGAACUACCAACCUAACUAUCCCUAAACACAAAACGAAAAACAAAAAGCAAACGUUCUUAGUUUUUUCAUAAUUUACAAUUAAGUAAGAAAUAACACAGUAUUAUUACAACAAAUUACGUUCUUUAGCCUAAAGUACAAAUUAUUAACCGAUAAUCAUGAGUACUAUGCCUAUAAGUUCUUCAACACUUCUGCCGCUCGAAUUGGUGGAUAAAUGUAUCGGCUCACGAAUUCACAUCAUCAUGAAAAACGACAAAGAAAUCGUUGGAACUCUACUAGGUUUCGAUGAUUUCGUCAACAUGUUGUUAGAAGAUGUGAUUGAGUAUGAAAACACACCAGAAGGCAGAAGAGUCACCAAACUAGAUGAAAUUUUACUCAAUGGCAAUAAUAUCACAAUGUUGGUGCCUGGUGGAGAAAUGCCAGAAUAAAUCUUAAAUAAACAUUUCAAAAACA